CGGGUCUCAGUGGGGGGAGAAGGGACCCACUAGAAGUCUUCUCUCUUAUAUCUGCCUCUCCUGGUUACUUGCUCUGGUCACUCUUAAAGAAGAAGAAAAAAAAAGCUCUAAAUGAGAAACAAGGACAUAAAACAUUUGGCUAAUCCAUAUUUUAGAUUGAUGGUAAAAGACCUAUUUCUUUCCCAGAUGGAUAACAGAAAAAUAAUUGACUUAAAUUCAAAGUUUGGGAGCAGACUGUCUCAAGAGGCUUUAAGGACGGCAGAGAAAUGACCUAAAAAAGCUGCAAGUGUAACCAACAACCUGGCACAUGUGCAUUGGUGGUAAUUUCCACAGUUUCAUCCACAAGGAGCACACAUGCAGCAGCGCACACACACGUGUACCGUCUUUCCAAACCCUGCCCUUCCCUUCCUGCCAGUCGCCCCAGUCCUUCAUGGAUUCCUACAGCUUCCACUUUGAGAGAAUGAGCAACGUAGACCUGCAUCCUCUGAGCCUGCCCGUCAACCGGCUCUCCCCCGCCAAGUCCCACAGCAGCAUCAUCGACCAACUGGCCCACCACCAACACGGCAAGGGAGACUCGGCCUACAGCUCCUUCUCUGGCGGCUCCACGGCCCCGGAUUACCCCUCUCCGUUCUUCCCCGACGACCUCCAGUCCAGCUCCUUCAGUCACUAUGCUGAUCUCAAGUACAUGAAGUCCAUUUACCAUCCGUCCCAGGUGCUGCAGUCCGACCCCAAGACCAUGGACCAGCUCUAUCGUUCUGUUGAAGCCAUUUCACAGCAGUAUCGCAACAGCACUAACGUCAACCACCACAGCCACAACGGCAACAACAGUUUCCACACCAACAACAAAGCACUCUCUAAACAAGAGAGGUAUUUUGGGGCUGCGUCCCAGAAUGCCCAUCCUCCUCUCCACCCCCCUCCCAUCCCAGCGCGCCUUGAUAGUUUCAUAGCGACUAAAAACUUGGAGAACAGCAGGGUUCACCAUCACGGUACUGCGUUUAAAUCCCAGCAAAAGCAGCCCAGACCUCACAAUCACCUGCACCCACGUGGCCUCAUUUCCCCCAAACCGGAGACGGCCAACCCGGACGUGAGCAGCGCCAGCUUCAUUUCUGAACCGGUGUACUCGGUAUGGAAAGGGCCUCAGCAGCAGCCGCAAGGCCAGCACCCACCGAGCUACCGACCCCACCUCCAGCCUCACGAUGAGGCCCGGGGGAACCCGGAGUACCUGUUCAUCACGGAUAAGAACGCUGGCUCCGAGCAGCACAAGUCACAAUCACCUCCCCGGGGCAAAAGCAAGUCCGAGCACUCGACGAGCAAAAAGUCGUCGAUAAUAAAAUGCAACGGAGACCAUCACAACAAACCCGGCAGCGGUAGCCUUUUUGAAAAUCAGCGCAAAAGGUCACACUCGGCCCACGACCUGCUGGAUCCAGAGCCGGCCAGAGCCGCGAGCCCCUGGACCAAUCAGGGUCUGAUCAGCGGCAGCAUUCAGCAAAAGGGCCAGUUCUACUUUGUCACAGGAGUGUGUAAGCUGUCUGAGUGUGGUUUUAGGACACAGUCCUCAUCUGUUAGUGGCUCUGAGGCUGGAAGUGAGGUCUCGUCCGUAAGAGACAAAGAGAGAUGCCACAGCACAAUGGACAAUUUGUUCAAACCUCUCCAAGAGAGUUCCCGCUCCUCCAGCGGCACAAUUUCAGUAGACAGAGACACUUUAACUUCUGCGUCCAAUGGAAAGGAUCUGAUAUCCAAGAGCCAGGACCAGGAGAAUCACCGGCCACUUCCCAUCUCACUCCCGUCUGCUCAAACCUUCAACACGGACGUGAUGGAGAGCCCCGAGAUCGGCCGCCACACUGCCAGCAACCCCAUAUUCUACUGUGGACCCGACAGGAAGUCGCCACCGUAUUCAGCCACUAAUAAGAAGGAGGUGUCCUCUCUUAUCAGCAAUGAACAACCCAACCACAAUAAGCGGGAGGAACACGCUAAAAGAGGAAAGCGCCAGCCCUUGGGGGACGUUGCCAGUGAGAGGAUAAACAAAGAAACCACCCCGCUUCUGUACCACCUCACCGGAGCCAACUGGACAGCCAUGCAACCCAAGAAUGAUCCGGGCUUCAGUAAAAAAGACAAGGAAGGAGAGUUAAAGAAAACCGGUCAAGUAGAUGUAGCAGUAAAUGACAAGGAAAGACCUGCAAGUGACGACAACAAGAGCAAUACGGAGGAGGUGGCCUCCUCUGCCUGUAACACUCUAGAUGAUUCCUAUAAGAAGUACUACAAAGAGAAACUGAAGGAUGCCCAGUGUAAAGUGUUGAGGGAGACGUCGUUCAAGAGGAGGGACCUGCAGCUGUCUCUGCCUCACCGCGGGAGACAGAAACCAGACCCGAGGCCGCCAAUGAUUCACUCCUUCUCCUCGUCACAGGACUCCGAGACUUCCACUGAAACGCUGGCUCUUUCCCUCACCUCCGAGGAAACGGAGAAAGGGAGCAUAAAAUUAGAAGAGAAUCACAUGGAGGUGGAUAGAGAGACUGAAAGGGAAAGUGGGAAGCCAGUAAAUGUGGCGCAGCCUCAGGUGGGCCGUAUCGGUGGCAGGAAGAGGCUCACCCUGGAGCAGAAGAAGAUGUGCUACUCCGAACCGGAGAAACUCCACCAGCUGGGAGCGCCCAGUCACUCCACCUGCCGCUCCUUCGGGAGCGAAAGCGAGAGUCCGUUCGCAGCCGCGUUUGAUGGAGGAGAGCACGUCGUAGAGCAGGGGGAGCAGGGGCUGGUGGCAGCGCGGAGGAGGAUGUUUGAGACCAGAGGCCGGGCCCUGUCCGCCUCCUGCACCAUCAAGACAAACCUGAAGCAUCUUCAGCACAAAGCUCUGGUGGAGUACAUGGAGCGCAAAACGGGCCAGAAAGCGGCAGAGCCCCAGCAGCCCACGCCCCAGCUGCCCCCUCCACCCAGGCAGAGGCACUCUCUGGGGGAGAAGCCCUUCGACUGGGGGCCCCGCCCGCUAUCAGGGAACCAUGACAGUAGAAACAGCAAGAAGAAGCUCCACAGACCCCACUCCGCCGGACGCAUCCUGGACUCCUCCAGCAGCUCCAUCAGGUAUGCUCAGUUCUUCUCAGCACAGUCUUGCUCGGGCCAGUACCCGAGCAAGCAGAGUCCAUGCAGACUGAGUCGGGGUCCAGGUCCAUCUCAGGGAAAAGCUGCGUCGGUGGAGAGUCUGCUGGACCCGCCAGAGACGCCUAGUUUCCUCAGGAACCGGUCCACGUCAACACCACACUCAUUCCAGGCACAUGACGAUGAAGAGGACCAGCUACCAGUUAACUCUAUGGAAACCUGGAGUUCCCAGAAGAGUCCGGUGCAGGAAUCGUCUGUAAAAGCAGUUCCUAAGGGCCAGCAGCAGCGAGUCCGCGUGGUGGCACAGAGAGGGAAGUCCAUGGAAGAGCUCGGAGGGUCCAAGUUAACCAAGAUGUGUGCCCACAGUAAAAGCUCUGAACAUCUGGAUCAGUGGAGGCAUUCAAACGGGCCUGGGAGACAUGACCGGGACAAGGCCAGAGCUGCUUUCUUCACGGACGUGAGAGAAGCCCGUUGGCAGGAAAGUGGGAGGAGGAAACAAGUAGCAAAAGAAGCAGAGUUGGCAGGUCAGAAGAACACUCAGGGACAGACCCAAAACCAAACACAGAGAAGAGCCGUGUUGAAACCCGGGUCAGUGCCGGGGGAAGACGCACCAGCAGGGGGGAGGAGUGCUAGUGGAUCCAACUCCCCGCCCUCCAACUCCUCUAUCCGGAACGGAGUUCACGCUGCUUCUCCUGACUCCCACGGACCCGUCACGGAUGAGCUUAGGUCGGACAGGAAACCCAGUGAGACUGGUUCUAACCCAGCACCUUUCAGAGGUCAAGAGAUCAGACCCAGCUCCUCCACACCCACGCCAACAAAGCCUGCUUGUGAAAACACAACCUGCUCCAGCAGAAGUGCUACUUCUGUACACGUGAGUGGACCAGAAAAGGAGCAGGCGGUAGAUGAGCCAGGCAGCGACGGCCAGCCGCCUGAUUCCAGCCCCGAGGUUCCUCUGAGCGGCGGCGUCACCAGCGACGCUUCACCGUGGCCUCUCCCACCAGGAGAAGAGGAGUCUUUCCCACUGACGGACGAUGUUUUUGAAGAGUCCGCCAGCCCAGUCCUCCCAAAGCAGACGAGUGAAACGUCCCCCUGCACGUCCGUCUCCGACGCAGACGUCAGUCCGCACACGGACGAGCAGAAGGACGAGCAGAAGGACUCCCAGGUGGAAGCUGAGGGGUCGGGAGACGAGGAUCUGGUGGAGGAGAGGGGGACGGCGGAGGGAGAGACGCAGCGCUCGGACAGGCCCGAUCAGAAACCUCAGUGGGAGGAGCUGGUGGAGGCCGUGGUCCAAGCUGACCCGUCACUGGCCCAGGUGCUUUACCCGCUGGCCAAUAGGAAGACGGCGCUGAUGCUGAUGGAGCAGCUGCUGUCGGAGGACACGCUGCUGAUGGAGGAGCACUACAAGAAGAAACAGGAACAGAAAGAAUCUGCUGAAAGCGGUGAACCGGUGGAGGGGCCUGAACCGUCCUCUGGACCUGCUGAUGGCCAAAACCCUCAGAGUACAGACCCGGAGAGCAAGGCUGACGUCACCGAGAAGAAGCGAUUGUUGGUGUCCUGCAUCGAGGAGCGUCUGCGUUCCCUUGAAGAGUCCCGUGGUGCCUUGCAGAUAGAUGUUGAAGAGAACUCGGCCCGCGGGGCGGCGCUGGAGGUCCUGGUGCGUGAACGUUGUCUGCCCGUGGAGCUGGAGCGGUACAACCUGUUCAUCGGAGACCUGGAGAGGGUGGUGAACCUGCUGCUGUGUCUCUCUGCCCGCCUGGCCCGGGUGCAGAACGCCCUGAGCACCGUGGACCAGCACACCGACGCCGAGGACAAGGAAUCUCUGGACAGUCGCCACCGUCUUCUAUGCAAACAGAGGGAGGAUGCCAAAGAUCUGAAGGAUAAUCUGGACCGCAGGGAGAACCUGGUCUCCACCUUCCUGUCCCGGCAGCUGUCGGCCGAGCAGCUGCAGGAAUACCGGCGCUUCGUCCAGACCAAGGCCUCGCUGCUCAUCCGCCACAAGGACCUGGAGGAGAAGCAGCGGCUGGGAGAGGAGCAGCUGGAGGCCGUGUCCAGCAGCAGGAAGAACAUAUGAGGGGAGAGGAGGAUGGACGGAAUAUCACAAUCUCUGCAUUCACGUGAAACCUGGAGGACGGGGUUAAAAAAGACAUUUUCAGCUGCACUCUGUGUUUCCGCUGGAUCUGGAGAUCAGGCUGACGACUAAUCCUUUAUAGACUGAUACUAGACAGAACUAUGAGAGGUUCAUCACAUGUUCUGCUGUCCACUCAGGACUACAGGUGGUUCAUGAGCUGAACACAGUGACAGUUAAGCCAGCAGAGUGCAUUAAGACCUCUCCCUAGUGUACGUUCUCUUUCACUUUGAACAGUUGGAACUAUUGCCUUAAUAUCGUUGUAGCUGUUGAAUAUUUUAUAUUAAUAGCUGCUGUGCAGAAACUUUUAGCAAUUGAGAAAGUGUCCACUUCCCUUCCAGCCCCGUUCCUGUUCCUGCUCCUGUGGAAACGUCUAAGCUUUAAGAUUGUAUUUGAGCAGCCGGACGGCAUUAGCCUAACAGACGCUGGUGCAAUGCAUCAUGUCAGUAAAAUGUACUAUAGAUAUAGUAAUUUUAAUCUUUUUAAAUUGUCAUAUUUUUAAAUGUAUUUCAAAUCAUGGCACUAAAAACCAAAAAGGUGAAUUUAAAAAAAGCACUUUGUCAAGAUACAUGAAUGCACAUUUCUUCAAAUCGGAUUCUCAAUAAUUUCAAGUGAAAGCCUUUCUCCAUCCGUUUCUUUUGUCUUCUUCUUUUUGUUCAUUUUGAAUAGGAAUUGAAAAAAAUGUAAGGUACUUUAGCUCACACAACAGUUUGAAUGAUUCUGUACUAAAAGUUCUGAUUUCUUACUUUCUUGCUGGUUUUCUACUGGAGCUGCUCCUCACACGCAGCACGUUGUUAAAGGACCGAUUAAAUCAGCGAGUAUUCCCUCGUGUGCUCGCGUGCUUCUGUCUCAGAGGUGGCAGGUGAUACUUGAAAUACCUUUUUUUAUGAGAGAAAAAGAUUCCAGUCCUCACUUCAGGUGUCUCAGACCCAUUCCUACUCUUCUCCCUCCACGCCCCUUUUACACACGUGUCAUUAAAUCCUUUAAGAAGUUUGUUUCACUUUACAGAUCAGUCGCUCUUUGUGAGAAUAUCCACUUCUAUCAAACAACUCCGCGCCCAGUGGCGUCAAUUCAGUCAAAGCUAAGGUAUGGCAAGGUUACGCGUCACAGAACUGAACUAGAGUAUCAAUCAUUACGUCCAGCAAAUACUCAUCACAGAAGUCUGCUAUGUAACUUAUCUGUGUGGUCAAGAAAAUUGGAACUUUUUCAAAUGCAGUCUCGCUCACUGCAAAAACUCAAAAUCUUACCAGGAAUAUUUGUCUUAUUUCUAGUUAAAAUGUCUCAUUUUUAGUCAAAAAAUCUAAUUACACUUAAAACAAGAGUCAUUACCAGAAAA